CCUCCCUUUCACGAUUCUUUGUUGGAGACACAUGUAUGUACGUCGCUUCGGCAUGUCGGGCCUGUAUGGUGGGGAGGGGGGGGAACUGCGGGGAGAGAGACGGAGGGAGACAUGUCUCGCGCCGAACGUCCCCAUUUCCCCGUCUGCUUUUGCCGUCUCGUGGAAGCGCACUUUCCGGAGCUGAUUGGCAAGGGCGUUCCUCAAUGCGCCGUCUAGCAUAUGCCCGCCUCCUCGUCGUCGUCGUCGUUGUCAGGUCGGCAGGAUAGGUAGGCUGGGUGAUAAGGUCACGUCAUGGUCCCCCCUCUGGCGCGUACCGCAUCGCACCGCACCGCAGCCAGGCGAGGAGCUGACAAGGGAGACAGCAGACGCCAGGACCCCCGCCUUGCCCAUCCUGUCGUGCGACGACGAGCUGGUUUAUUAUUUCGCCGUCCAGUCCACAACGCAAGGGGAGAGCGGAGGAGAGCAAUCAAAUCCCGAUGCCACCACGUUCCUUUGCGUUGAGCCGCCGGAGUAAAAGAGUGUCUCGUUUUGUUGGCUACCAAGUUACUACUUAACACCAUCCCCCGUGCUCUUCGGCCUGCAGGUCUUCUUGGCCGUCUGAACUCUUUCGAACAGACACCGACCCAUACGUCUGCUUUCUGUCCUAGCGGCCAAGAGUCAAGACGAGCUGUGCUACUGUCGAGAACGCAGGAGGCUCUCCACAAAGUUUGCAGCCGCGAGUUGAAGACUGUUCAGAGCUGGUACCAGAGAUUUGGAACCCGCCGCCAUGGCCGACAUUGACGUUGAAGAGGUCCUCAAGAAUCUCAGCCUUGCUGAAAAGGUCGACCUGCUGUCCGGCAUCGACUUUUGGCACACCAAGAGCCUCCCCGAGCAUGGCGUCCCCUCGCUCCGCCUGACCGACGGCCCCAACGGCGUCCGCGGCACCAAGUUCUUCCACGGCGCGCGGGCCGCCUGCUUCCCCUGCGGCACCGCGCUCGGGGCCACCUUCAACCAGGAGCUCCUCGAGGAGGCCGGCCGGACCAUGGGCGCCGAGGCCAUCGCCAAGAGCGCCCACGUCAUCCUCGGGCCCACCAUCAACAUGCAGCGCUCGCCGCUGGGCGGCCGCGGCUUCGAGUCCAUCGGCGAGGACCCCUUCCUGGCCGGCCUCGGCGCCGCCGCCCUCAUCCGCGGCAUCCAGAGCACGGGCGUCCGGGCCGCCGUCAAGCACUUCCUCUGCAACGACCAGGAGGACAAGCGCAUGGGCGUGCAGGCCAUGGUGACGGAGCGCGCGCUGCGCGAGAUCUACGCCCUGCCGUUCCAGCUCGCCGUGCGCGACGCCCGCCCGGGGGCCGUCAUGACGGCCUACAACGGCAUCAACGGCACCAUGUGCAGCGAGAACGCAAAGUACAUCGAGGGCAUGCUGCGCGGGGAGUGGGGAUGGGACGGCCUCGUCAUGAGCGACUGGUUCGGCACCUACAGCACGACGCCGGCCGUCGUGGCGGGGCUCGACCUCGAGAUGCCGGGCCCGCCGCGCUUCCGGGGCGAGGCCCUCAAGUUCAACGCCUCCAACAACAAGCCCUUUGCGCACGUCAUCGACGCCCGCGCCCGCCAGGUCCUCAAGCUCGUCAAGGAGUGCGCGCCGCUCGGGCUCGAGGACAAGGGCCCCGAGCGCGAGGCCGACACGCCCGAGACGGCCGCGCUGCUGCGCCGGAUCGGCACCGAGAGCAUCGUCCUGCUCAAAAACAAGGGCGGCGUGCUGCCCCUCGACAGGAACAAGAAGACGCUCGUCGUCGGGCCCAACGCAAAGGUCGCCACCUACCACGGCGGCGGCUCGGCCGCCCUGCCGGCGUACUAUGCCGUCACGCCGUACGACGGCAUCGCGGCGAAGCUCGUGGGCUCGACGCCGGCCUACACCGUCGGCGCGUACACGCACCGCUUCCUCCCGCUGCUGGGGGCGCAGUGCACGGUGCCCGACGACGGCAGCAGGCCCGGCGUGCGAUGGCGCGUGUACAACGAGCCGCCGCCGCCGCCUGGCAUCGAGCGGCGGCGUAGCGAGCCCGUCGACGAGCUGCACUUUACCAAGACGGAGAUGCACCUCGUCGACUACGACGUGCCGCGGGUCGGGGACCUGUGGUGGGCCGACAUGGAGGGGGACCUGGUGGCCGACGAGGACUGCACCUUCGAGGUGGGCUGCGUCGUGUGCGGGACGGCGAGCAUCUUCGUCGACGACGAGCUCGUCGUGGACAACACGACGGCGCAGGUGGCGGGCGACGGCUUCUUCGGGCAGGCGACGCGCGAGGAGCGCGGGCGCUUCGCCAUGACCCGCGGGCAGACGUACCGGAUCCGCGUCGAGUUCGGGUCCGCGCCGACGACGAGGCUGCGCGGCGACGCGUGCCCGCCCAAGAACGGCUCGCUGCGCGUCGGCGGCUGCAAGGUGCUCGAGGGCGACGACGUCGACGCCGAGAUUGCGCGCGCCGUGGCCCUCGCCCGCGACCACGACCAGGUCGUCGUCUGCGCGGGGCUCAACGCCGACUGGGAGACUGAGGGCGCCGACCGCGAGAGCAUGCGUCUUCCCGGCUGCCUGGACCGGCUCAUCACCGCCCUCGUGGCCACGGCCGCCAACAAAGACAACAAAGACCACAACAAGGAAAAUGCCGUCGUGGUGGUGAUGCAGACGGGCACCCCCGAGGAGAUGCCGUGGCUCGACGACGCGCCCGCCGUCGUGCAGGCCUGGUACGGCGGCAACGAGGCCGGCAACGCCCUCGCCGACGUGCUCUUUGGCGAUGCCAACCCCUCGGGCAAGCUGUCCCUCAGCUUCCCCCGCCGCCUGCAGGACGUGCCCUCGUUCCUCAACUUCCGCACCGAGGCCGGACGCACGCUCUACGGCGAGGACGUCUACGUCGGCUACCGCUACUACGAGUUUGCCGACCGGGCUGUCAACUUUGCUUUUGGCCACGGCCUGUCGUACACUACCUUUGCGUUUUCCGACCUCGUUGUCGAUGUCUCAACAUUGCCCCUUGCUAAUGUUACUUCUUCAUCUUCUUCCUCUUCCUCCUCCUCUACUGACCCCCCGACCCCAUCCUCCUCUACCAUCACCACCACCACCGCCACAACGACCACUCCCGCCACAACUACUACUCCUCCCCAUCCUCCUUCUCCUCCUUCGCAUACGGCCACCACAUCCUCCGGCCGCCCCGUCCCCGACCGCACCCUCACCGCCUCCCUCACCAUCCGCAACACCGGCGCCCUCCCCGGCGCCGAGGUCGCGCAGCUCUACGUGCGCCCCUCCGGCCGCAGCCACCAGCGCCAGCCGUCCUCCCCCCCCAGGGUCAACCGCCCCGUCAAGGAGCUCCGCGGCUUCGCCAAGGCGCACCUCGCGCCCGGCGAGGCCCGGCGGGUCACCAUCCGCGAGCUCGAGCGCUACGCCGCCGCCUACUGGGACGAGGAGCGCGACCGCUGGUGCGUCGAGGCCGGCGAGUACGAGGUCCUCGUCGCCAACACGAGCGCCGUCGACGGGCCCGGCGCGUGCACGGUCGUGCGCGGCGCGUUUACCGUCCCCGAGACGUACUGGUGGUCGGGCAUCUGAGUCUG